CAAUCACAAGUGUGCGCGAGGCAGCGAACCGUUUGACAGUAUGGCCGACGACGAGAUUCUGUUCGACGACGUGUACGAGCUGUGCGAGGCGAUUGGAAGAGGUCCAUUUUCAAUAGUUCGACGAUGCAUCCAUCGGGAGUCGAACCAGCAAUUCGCGGUCAAGAUUGUGGACGUUGCCAAAUUUACAGCCAGUCCGGGUCUCAGCACAUCCGAUCUGAAGCGGGAGGCCACAAUAUGCCACAUGCUGAAACAUCCGCACAUCGUGGAGCUGCUGGAAACGUACAGCUCGGAAGGAAUGCUGUACAUGGUGUUCGAGUACAUGGAAGGAUCAGACAUUUGCUUUGAGGUGGUUCGUCGGGCCGUGGCAGGAUUUGUGUACAGUGAGGCAGUAGCGUGUCACUAUUUGCGGCAAAUUUUGGAGGCGUUACGGUACUGUCACGAGAACGACAUCAUUCAUCGGGAUGUACGGCCCGCCUGUGCCCUGUUGGCAACGGCAGACAACUCGGCACCUGUCAAACUCGGUGGAUUCGGUUCGGCUGUUCAGCUUCCCAAUGGACGCGAUUCGGUGGAGACGCAUGAAAGACUCGACCCCCAUCGUUCGUUUUUGAGUCCGAGAGGAAAGCUCUACCUGAAAACAGAUAGCGAGGGACGAGUCGGCUGCCCGCACUACAUGGCACCAGAGGUAGUAGCCCGACGGGUGUACGGCAAACCGUGUGACGUGUGGGGCGCUGGCGUAAUGCUGCACGUCCUGUUAUCCGGUCGUUUACCUUUCCACGGAUCCGGCAAGCGGCUACAGGAUGCCAUCGCACGCGGUCGUGUCACGCUCGAUACCCCGGAAUGGAAACAUAUAUCGAGCAAUGCGAAGGAUCUCGUUCUAAAGAUGCUUGCGCCCAAUCCCAUCAGUCGGCCGACCAUAACGGAAGUGCUGGAUCAUCCUUGGAUACGGGAUCGCGACAAACUGCAACGCAUUCAUCUGGGCGAUACGGUUGAGGAGUUGAAGCGGUACAAUGCACGCCGCAAGCUGAAAGCUGCCGUGCAAACGGUGGCGGGUGGCGUAGCGAUGGAUCCCCUCUGCUGUGCGGAUACCGACUCAAUGGCGAUUGGCGCUGCAUCGGAAAGCCUCAACGAGUGGGCCGACGAGGAGGCCGGCCUGGAGGCGAUCCAGAAAAUUCUUGACUCAUUAGACGAUAUCAUUGCUUUACAAGAUGCGAACUGCGAUCCAGAUAUGCUGGCCGGUAUGCUGCGCGACGUCAAGCUGCACGAAUUGCUGCAGUUGUUCGAUAGAAUCAGUAGUUCGGUUAUCAAUCCAUCACGGGCCCCACCGGGAGACGCCAUCAGCCGCUGUCGGGAUGCGAUCGAUGUCAUCUCAUCCACCGCGGGACACAAAUACGUGCGCGAAAAGUCGGAGCUUAUCAACCUGCUCGGAUCACCACACAUUCAGGCUCUAUUACACACGCAUGACGUGGUAGCUAGGGAAGUAUACGGCGAAGAAGCGCUUCGUGUAACGCCACCACCGAUCGCGCCCUACCUGAAUGGCGGAAACGAUGAACUCGACAACGGCGAUGCCGGAGAGCUACAGCACGUCACGCGCGUCCGGCUGGUGCAGUUCCAGAAGAACACGGACGAACCGAUGGGUAUCACGCUGAAGAUGACCGAGGACGGCCGGUGCAUCGUGGCCCGGAUCAUGCACGGUGGCAUGAUUCACCGGCAGGCCACGCUGCACGUCGGCGACGAGAUACGGGAAAUCAACGGCCAGCCAGUGCAGCAUCAAACAGUCAGUCAAUUACAGCGAUUGCUGCGGGACGCGCGUGGUUCUGUUACUUUUAAAAUAGUUCCUUCAUAUAGAAGUGCCCCACCGCCGGUUGAGAUUUUCGUACGAGCGCAGUUCGACUAUGACCCGCUGGACGACGAGCUGAUACCUUGUGCGCAGGCAGGGAUAGCUUUCCGUGUCGGUGAUAUUCUACAGAUUAUUAGCAAAGACGAUCAUCAUUGGUGGCAGGCCAGGCAUGAUGCGGCGGGAGGUUCAGCCGGAUUGAUACCCUCACCAGAGCUUCAGGAAUGGCGCAUCGCAUGCCAAUCGGCGGACAAAUCCCACAAAGAACAAGGAGAGGCAGGACCCGGUUGUUCUGCACAGGCCGAAGGAUGUGAAGGACCCACAGUUAAUUGCUCAAUAUUUAGUCGUAAAAAGAAACAGUGUCGGGAUAAAUAUUUGGCGAAACACAAUGCGGUCUUCGAUCAGCUGGAUCUGGUAACGUACGAGGAGGUGGUCAAAGUGCCGAUCGGCGAUCCAGCGUUCCAAAGACGCACCCUGGUGUUGCUCGGAGCGCACGGCGUAGGACGACGUCAUAUCAAAAAUACGCUCAUCGCAAAAUAUCCGGAUAAAUACGCUUAUCCAAUACCACAUACCACCAGACCACCACGACCGGAUGAGGAGAAUGGGCGAAGCUACUACUUCAUAUCACACGAUGAGAUGAUGGCGGACAUUUCGGCCAACGAGUACCUCGAGUACGGUACGCACGAGGAUGCGAUGUACGGUACCAAGCUGGAGACGAUACGACGCAUCCACGCGGACGGCAAGAUGGCAAUACUGGACGUGGAACCGCAGGCCUUAAAAAUACUUCGAACAGCCGAAUUUACGCCGUACGUUGUGUUCAUCGCAGCGCCGCUGCUGCAAAACAUUGCCGACUACGACGGUAGUCUCGAGCGGCUCGCCAAAGAGUCCGACAUGCUGCGCCAGGCGUACGGUCACUUCUUCGAUCUGACCAUCGUCAACAACGACAUCGGCGAGACGAUAGCGACGCUGGAGAACGCUAUCGACAAGGUGCAUUCGACCGCCCAGUGGGUCCCGGUGUCCUGGCUGUACUGACAAGAUAGUGAGCUAGAAUGUCCCGCCUGUUUGGAGGAUGAGUGCGAUUGCGAAUGUGACUGCGAGCUGGAUCUGAAGUGAAACCGGAAACAGGGCGCAAAUUAAAAACAAAACAAACAAAAAACAAAACAAAACAAAGCUACACCGUUUCAAAGGCACAAACAACAAACUGCUACUGCUGGUGGGGGCACCGACCGGAAGGGUAUAUAUAAAUGGUACCAAACGACGGUUCAUAGUGUUUUAGUAACGAAUCAAAUCAAAUUGGCAACGGGAGCGGUUAUGGGUGGAAUCUGUGGACGGUGAAAGGCAGGGCAGGGGUUGAAUGUACAAAUCUUAGCUUUUCCCUUUUUUUGUUUCUUCAAACGCCCAUCGUUAGUUACGUUAUUCCAAAGAGCAUUUUUAUAGUAAAUAUCUAGUGGAACUGGUUCUUUAAUCUUUGUCUUCGAGGUAAGUGUUAUGUUUUUUUUUUUUGUUAAUCGUUGUACACAUAUUCAUGAUGGGUUUUGUAAGGGAAAGCGAUAGUUUCAUUGUUCUUGUAGCAAAUUUUGAGACAGAAUUAACAACCUUGUGUUUAUUUUGCAACAACGUGAAAACCCCUCUACUUUGUUUUUGAUACGUUGUCAUGCGCGUUUCUACCCGACAGGUCGGUUCUCUUAGUCGGUACCCGACGCGGAAAGAAGGAGGAAAAAAAAAUAAAAGAAAAAACCAAACCAAAAAAAUUCAAACGAAGUGAUAGAAAACGGAAACAUUCACACACAACAACAAAAAAAAAACAAACCACAAAAAAGCAAACAACAAAAUUACUGCAAAGGAGUAUAAUUAUAAAGAUAAUAAUUAAAGCGUACACGAAACAAACUAGAACUCUUUUUAAAAGAACUAACACAAGCAAGCAGAAUAAAUGUACUAGCAAACCCUAAAACGCAAGAAAAAAGGUGCGAAAGCAAACCAUCCCAAGUUACAAAAAUUCCCGUUAAACGCAAGCAAACAACAAACAAACCAACAAAAUCUAACAAAAACAAAUAAAUGCAAACGAUUACUGGAGCGUGCGAGUGAACAAAACAGAAUGAAGCGAAUAAACAAGCAAACGACAAAACCCGAAAAGGUGGAAAUAUUAGUUAGAUUUAAUCUUAACCAAAAUAAACUGAAAAUGAAAAAAAGGAAAAACAAAUGUUAACAUAAUUCAUAAUAAUUAUUAUAAUAACGCUAAAUAAUAAUAUUAAUAACAAUAAUAAUGAACGAAAUGAAAACAAAAAAAGAGGAAACUUAAAAUCAAGAGAACUGCAAUUCAAAGAAAGUUGAACACAAAAGCAGCAAGAACAACACAGGCAGGCUAGAAAACCCAAACGACAGUUUCGAGGUGAGAGGCGUAGUAAACUAACAAACGAAGUUAAAGAAAAAUACAUAGGUGAAAACUUAUUACGGUUUGAAAUUGGGUGUAGAGAAAGUAAACAAACAAACAAACAAAAAAAAGCAGUAAUAUUUAACGAUGUGUUUUCGUGUGGAUUUUUCGUUUUUCGUUUUUCUAGCAAUUUGAACAUUGUUCUAUGAAAAUGGAACACGGAACAUCCCAGGGUGAUAGAGACCUGCGGAAAGAAAGCGAGAAAGAGAAAGAGAGGUGUUCCACUAGGGAUAUUCGAGCAAACGGGGGUUAAAUGUUAUUUCCAACAAUGGUAAAAGUGGUUGUAAGGGUAACAAACCGACAGAAAGAGCUAACGUAAUGAUGCCCAUACAUACACCUACAUACACAGUGGUUAAAAGAUGGGCAGCUCUUGCAAAGAAAUGCAAAACAAAACAAAAAAAAAACAAAAAAGAGUAGAAGCAGAUGAGAAGAAAACACUAGCAAUGGAAGAAGAGGCGGUAGUUUGUUGAAAUUCAUUCACUUGUCGAGAAAACCAUUGGGGGCUACAAAAAAUAAGAAAACGAACACGGUUUUCACAUCUACGGAAACGUUUCCGAGUAAAAACAAACUUCCCAAACGAGUAGAAAACAUUUGUUAAUUGUGUGUACUUGAGGUUAGGGAACUGUUUUGUAAUUAUCUAGUGUAUUAAGUUUAUAUCAUCAUACUUACAUUUCCAUUGUUACAUAUGGUUUUACCUGUUCCAGAAAGAGAGAUACAGAGAGAGAGAGAGAGAGAGAGAGAGAGAAAUAGAAAGAAAGAGAGAGAGCGAAUGAGAGGGAUGAGCUUUCGUUUGUUAUUGUGCUUUUGUUUCAUCGAGUUGUGAUUUUGUUUGCUCUUUCCAAAGCUAAUUCAGCUUCAAGUGUUGGAAUAUUAUUCACUAAAAUAGCAUACCGCGGACACAAAUGCCAAAUCGCCUUCGUCUGAUUUGUAAUGUGCAGCGAAGAUCGCUGAGGAAAAGGCACACAAACAACAACAACAACAAAACAACGCAAACAAUACAUACAAAGAGAAGACGCACUUUGUUCUGAAAAAGUGAAGCUUUUCAAAACCUUCAACAAACAAACACCCGGCACAAACACUAGCAGUAACACAUAGGAAACUACUGACACCGGGAGUAUGAGAAGUAUUUAAAAUGAAAAUUAAAACACUAUCCAACACCAACCAUUUUGCACCCGGAAUGUUUCGCUCGACUGCAUGGAUUCGGGCGUGAGUUGAAGCCGAGGAGCUUCUCUUUGGAAGCACUGUGUCGUUGUAUGUAGUGUAUGAUUUCGUAACUGUCUCUCGAAUCGGAAACAAAGCAUAAAGCACAACACCAUUACCAAGUUGAUGGAUAAGUGUGAAACAAUUAUCCAAACAUUUGCAUUACGCCACCACCACCCUCCAUCUAGUAACAUUAUCGCCGAACCUUAAGACAUAUGUUUGGAACGCUCACGUUAGAGUCAUUUUCAUGUUUUAGCAGACACGCAAACAUACCCACAUAUACACACUCUGACACAUACUAUGCAGUAUGGUUUGGCAAUACACACGCACACACUCACACAAUCGUACGCUACUACAGAGGAACGGGAAGAAAAUAGCAACCCGAAAGUUCACAUGCGUAAUGCGAUGCAAAGAAACGUUUUGCUCCGGUAGAAACUUGUUGAAAAAUCAACCUAGGGCGGCAAAUGUGCACAAUCAGCUAAGAAUAUAGCUCUAUACUAGAGCCCAGUACCAUUGACACACAUACACACAUACACACGAGAAAAGCAAUUAUAAUCAAGCGCAAAGAAACACAAAUUCACAAAGAAAAACAAGCAAACAAACAUGUAACGUAUUUAAAAACCAAAACAAAUACGACAGCUCUAUAUUUAUGAACAGAGAAGCACACCGCCACAUUCCCAACAUGGUUAAAAAAUUCAAAUCCAACACAACUGUAUUGGAAUCAAGUUUUCUACCCUUUCUGGCGUUUCCAAGUGGUAGAAAAAGAAAAAUAAAUAAAAUGGGGCAAUAAAUAGUAAAAAGCAACACGAAAAAAAGGGACAGGAGAAAAAAUACAACUCCCAUUUCCCAUUUAACACAACAAAAGGAGAUAAAACAGGAAAACUAAAGAUAAAACUACACACAAACACACACGCGCCCGGGCGUUUAAACAAACCAUACCGAUUGUAGUGAGAUUAAAAACGUAACGCAACUCUUAACGAAUCCAUUUACGAGGAAAUAAAAACGUUCGUUUGUCGUUGAUUCAUUUGAUUUCGACCCGCAAAGAAGGAUGAGGAUGGCAAAAAAAGUACUCAAAAUCCUGCUCCUUCCCUCUUUCCUCCCUUCCCAUCCUUCCGUCGUCGUGUAUACAAGUAUAAAGAGAAAUUUUAAAAUUUACUACAAAACAAAAAAACAAAAAUUAAAACAAAUUCGGCAAGGUGUGGCGCAGUAAUACGAGGAGCAUUAAAAAAAACACACACACAUACGCACACCUACACAUAACUACACCGAAAUUACACUAAACACUUUGAUACGCACACAAACGCAUAAAGAAAACUUGUUAUAGAAAGGAAAGUAAACAAAAAUUCUUAACCAAUUAAAGAAAUGACGAAACAAAACAAAACAAUAAUUUCUUGAAAGUAAACAAAACCUAAAAACCAUAAAUUCCCAAUACUCUAUAACUAAACCGUUGGUAACGUGAGUGAGCAAAACAGAGCACAGAGCGAAAAGCGUGGUUUGAGCGAAAAAGUGAAGAAACGUUUCAAAACACAACCAACACUUUUUUCAAUCUAACCGCGUUUUGAACCGCCGAAAUUGAACUAAAAAUGCCGCAAAAAAAAAGAAAACUAAACUUUCAAAUACUACUUCCACUAUAAAGACACACACACACAAGCAAAGUAGCACACAGGCAAAACAUACGCACACCACACAAUCACAGCCGGAUCGUAGUUGUUAACUAAAGAAGAGCAAGACAAGCCAAAAAGAGAAGAAUGAGGAAAGAAAAAAAACAACAACACAGAACAAACACACUGACACACACUCUCAGAAAAAACACAAACUUACAAAACAAUGGUAGGAUUUGUCAUGCAAAGCAGAUAAAAGUCUCAAAACAACUCCCAACAGUACGGUAAUCACAGGCGCGCAACCGCAAUUGCUAGCAAAUAAAACCUAAAAUGAGCACACAAACACACAAACAUACUACACACACACGCAUACACACACACAUACUGACAGAGGAGGAAAUGCACUGGGUGCGUGUGUGAGUGGGUGUGGAUGUGGUUUGGUGUGAGUGUGCAGUAAAGCAAACAAAACACGAGAAGUUAAACAUUGUGAAGCUCGGAACUCUCUCUACUGUAAAAGUAUUAUUUUACUAGUUUAUUUUGUUUUUUGGAUGAAAAAAUUCUAAUAAAAGUGACGUUAAUAUAAAAAAUAA